CUUCCAGCUUUUUGCCACAGCUUUUUCUCUCUGCUAUUUGGCAAUAGUUUAAGCCCUGGAGGUAAUAAUAAAAAAAAACAAAAAGAGCGAAAUUCCCGACAAGCUGUCGCCACUGAGAAUUUCAGACGCCACUAAUUUGAGAGGUAAUUCCAUUUAAUUUUUAUUUUUCUAACUCAUGGUUCUUUUGAAAAUUUUGUUUGUUUUCCUUGUGCAUUUAUUGGCUUUCUGACUCAAUAAAAUUUGAAGCAGCUCUGAAGUAAAGUUUGUUGAAAAUAAUGUAAUGUGUUGCUACGAUUGAUACAAUUAGUAAUAAAAAAAAGAGGUGAGGCUGGACAAUAUUACCCUUGUUCUGAAUGUAUCAAAAAUGUGUCAACAGCAGAAUUCAGUUUUUUAAUUUAUAUCACCAUUUUAUUUAUUAUUAGGAUCUCUAUAGAAAUAAUUAUGACAUCAUUAAAUAGUUUGUUCUCAUUCACCAGUCCUGCAGUUAAAAAAUUAUUAGGCUGGAAGCAAGGAGACGAAGAAGAGAAAUGGGCUGAAAAAGCUGUCGAUUCAUUAGUAAAAAAGUUGAAGAAAAAGAAAGGUGCAAUAGAAGAGUUGGAGAAAGCGUUGAGCUGUCCUGGCCAACCUAGCAAAUGUGUUACCAUUCCAAGGUCAUUGGAUGGUAGAUUGCAGGUUUCUCAUCGUAAGGGUCUGCCCCAUGUGAUUUAUUGUAGAGUAUGGAGAUGGCCAGAUCUUCAGUCACACCACGAGUUGAAACCUUUAGAAUUUUGUGAAUAUCCAUUCUCAGCUAAACAGAAAGAAGUCUGUAUCAACCCAUACCAUUACAAAAGGGUAGAAAGUCCUGUUCUACCUCCCGUGCUGGUUCCCAGACACAGUGAAUAUCCACCUGGUCAUCCCAUGUCCAAUCCAAUGGCUUCAUUGUCAAUGUCAGUGAAUGUUGGACAAAACAGUAUGUCUGACCCAACAAUGCCUCACAAUGUUAGCUUUUCCCCUCAAGGAUUUUCAUCCUCAAGUUCAAAUAACAAUGCUCUGUCUUCAGGUAUCAGUGUUCCAUCUCCACCCACCAGUCUCAGCUCUGCUCCAAACAGCCCAUUCGGAUUGUCAGCAGAAACACCUCCACCAGCCUAUAGCCCUCAAGAUGAUUCACAACAUGGAACAGAAAGUAAUCAUCAGUCUAUGGAUACUACCUCUAUACCAUCAGAUGCUGAUGUAUCUCCAGUCACCUAUCAAGAACCACAAUAUUGGUGUUCAAUUGCAUAUUAUGAAUUAAAUUCUAGAGUUGGUGAAAUUUUCCAUGCUCAAAACCACAGUAUAGUGGUAGAUGGUUUUACAGAUCCUUCUAACAAUCAAAGUAGAUUUUGUUUGGGACUUUUAUCAAAUGUAAAUAGAAAUUCCACUAUAGAAAACACUCGACGUCAUAUAGGCAAAGGCAUUCACUUGUACUAUGUAGGAGGAGAAGUCUAUGCUGAAUGUCUAAGUGACAGUGCCAUUUUCGUCCAAAGUAGAAAUUGCAAUCAUUCUCAUGGAUUUCACCCUACCACAGUUUGCAAAAUACCUCCAGGGUGCAGCUUGAAAAUUUUUAACAAUCAAGAAUUUGCUCAACUUUUGACUGAUGCUGUAAACCAUGGUUUUGAAGCUGUCUAUGAACUGACUAAAAUGUGCACCAUCCGCACAAGUUUUGUGAAAGGAUGGGGUGCGGAGUACCACAGACAGGACGUAACUUCAACACCGUGUUGGAUAGAGAUUCACUUGCACGGUCCUCUACAAUGGUUAGACAAAGUCCUUACUCAAAUGGGAUCUCCACAAAAUCACAUAUCGUCUGUAUCAUGACGAAAAUUCAACUGUAGUCUUAAAAUAGCUCAUGGGAAGUGCUAUCAAUAUUUUUAUGUUUUAACUCUCUGCCAUACAUUGCAUCUAAGAGUGCUUUAGCAAUGUCAAAUGCUCAUAAAACAAACAUCACACAUUUUAUAUAUAAUCACCCAUGAUUAAGUUUCCCCCCCUCCUUUUCUUUAUAAAUUUUGGUUUAUUUUGUUGCAUUUCAUUCUUCCUAUCUGGAAUCCAUACAAUUUCUUUUAAAAUUGCAUUUUAACAUAAUAAUACAAAACUUUUAAAUUAGCUGUUAUAUUUCAUUAAAAAAAUUUUUUAUUUCCUUUCAUAAAUGGUUUUACAUUCAUUGCUUUUAUUUUAUAUAUGCAUUUUAGAAUAUAAAAAGGUGAGCAUUUUUGUAUUUGAAUUGCAGUUUUUAUUUUACAUUUAUUUUUUUCCUAAAAAAAAUCUUUGAAUUGUGCAUUGCAAGUUCUAAGAUUAAUUUAAAACUAAGCAAGUUUCCUUAAAUGCUUAGAGGAAACUCUAGUAUUUUAAAUGUGUAAUCUGGGCUCAAAACGAGUUACAACAAAUGCUGAGAAUCAACAUUCUGUGAUCUCUAUAGCAAACUUUUCCACACAUAAUGAUUAUUCCUAAUAAAAAUGGUUUUCUUUUAUUGCCAAAAUUGAAUAGAAAAUGUUAUAAGUGUUCCAUACCAGUGUUUGUAAUAUUUAAAAUUCAUUUCAGACUCUUAAAAAUUUUGUCUUAUUUUGUUCAAAGUUUUUGUAUUGCAGUUCAAGUCACUCAUUAGAUAUACUCUUCUGUAACAUCUUUAUUUUAAUAUAUUAAACUAUAUUUUAAUUGUAAUUGGUAAUAGUACGGAAAUAUUACUGUAUCAUAGUUCAUUAUAUGUGUAUAUGGAUAGUUCAUGUUGUAUGAUACAUAGCUUAUGUAAUUUUGAAAUGUUCAUAAUUUCUAUUGUGGUUAGAUUUCAUGUUCUACGAAGGCAAACAUACUGAUAAAUGAAUGCAAUUUCUCUUUUCAUUAUAAAAUUUUGUUUUGAUAUGUACUUUGAAAAAUAUUAGUAAAUUUUUCUGUGACUUUUAUCAAAGAGUUUUUGAAUGUAAGUCAUUUAAAUUAGUUUUUAGAUAUGAAAUUUUGUUUUAUUAAGAAAUGCCAGCUGAAGUUAAAUUUUUUAAAAUUGGUGGGACCUUGUAUUAAUCUGGAACUUCUAAUAAAUCUUACACUAAAAUUUGUUUUAUGCAUUCCUGUGUGUCAAAUUAACUUGCCAUUUUUUGGUAGUAGCUUUAAGUAUUGUGUGAAAUCUUUAAAAAGGAAAAAUUGUUGUUGCAAUAGGUACCAUACUCUGUUCAUUCACUUCAUUGGUACAAACCUUUUCCUCUGCAUAUGAUUUGAUCUCUUCUUUUAGCGGAUUUAUUGUAUGGUUUCAGCCUUUUAAUUGUGGAAUUCAUUAAGUUUGUGUUUCUUUUUAAAUAUAAAAUAACAAAUGAAAAGUUACUUUAAAACUUAUCAUGAAGAGUCAGAGCAUUUACAUAAUUGACUCCUUAUUUUCUUUCAGGCUGUUAUUUUUAUUAAAUAUGAAUUUGCAUGUUAAAUAUUUGUUUUGCAUUUUAUAAAUCUUAUUUUUAAUCAAGUUUUUAAUAUUUAAAUGUCAACCAAAUAUAUAUUUUUUUAAAUUAUCACUCCUCAUAAAUUAUGGUAUCUUUUCACUAUUAAGUUUUAGAUACACAGUAAAUAAUAGUUAACUGUUGCUGUAUGAAAAAGAGUAAUGUGUGUAACUGUAGCUGAAUAAAUUUUCAGACAUUGUUUUAUAUAUAAUUGAUAUUAAAUACAUUAGAAAAGUGAUGAAAUAUAACUAUUUCAAUUUAUUCAAUCGGUUUUAAUAACCUGUAGUUAAGCAUCAUUUCUGCUACAUUUGUUAUUUUUCUUAAUAUAGAAAACAUAUUUUGACUCUACACAUUAUUUUGCACUAAAAACAUAUACAAUUAGUAAGUCUGUGAAAAUGUUGCACUGUAGUUGCAUAGCUAUUUUAUGAAAUCUUUUAACUAAAUGCAAAGUAUAUAUAGCUGCAUAUAUGCUUACGUGUGCCUAUCUAUUGCCGAGUACAAUUGCUCUUUUUAUAGCAAUCUUAAAAAUUAUUUUUAUUGCUGUUAUGCUCUUUUAUUUGCAUUGAAGUGGACUUAGCAUUUAUAAAUCUUUGUACAUAUAUUUUUUGCUAAUGGUUUAUAAAUAUAUUUAUUAUUGAUAAUAAUAUCCUGCCAAAGAAGUAUAUUUCUUAAAUUAAAAUGAUUGAAUAUAUUUUAUAUGUUCAAAAUGUAUUUUUAAAUAGAAUGAAAAUGAGUGGGUUUUCAUUAAUCAAUUUUCUUCUGCAAGCCAUUUUUUUUCCAUAAAAUUUCCAAAUACUUUUUAAUAUUAAAAUUGCCUUUCUUAUGUCUGUGAAUUAUGAGAUUUUCAAUGUUCAAAAUAAUUUUUAUCAUAUACUUUUCGUAUUUUAAAACUUCAUAGUUUUGUGUUUAUUAUUCUUUUACUGUGUGCCUUUAACUUUCAUCGUGACGAGGUUUCGAUCAUAAGUAUUCGUGCCUUGUUAAUUUCAUUUGUAUGAUUUCAUUUUAGUUUUAUUUCUGUUAAUUCAAUCUAAAUAACUCUUUUAAAACAUAAUUCUUAAAAAUCCUCGACACAUUAAUUUUCAAAAAAAACUUUAUGUAAAAGUUUUGCAUUUGUUUUUAAAAUUAUAUAAAAUAUAUUAAAUGUUAAUAAAACGUGUGUGACCAGUUUUAUUUUAAAAUGUAACAAUCUUGUAAGAUACAGAUUUAAAUUAUAUAAAAUGUGUCUUUUUAGAACUCUCUUGCCCUGAUCACUUGUUAACUAUUUCUGAAAUAAGAACCUGUGCACAAUUUGUAGUAUGUUGAGCUAGCUAAAGUUGAGAUUCAAAACUUAAAUUCCUGUACUGUACCAGGGUUGAUGCAAACGAAUGCUUACCAUUAAAUCUCUCUAUAUAUAUGAUAAAUUAGAAAAUUUUCUUACAACUAUUAAGUUACGUGACAUGCCUAUUUUCCCCCAUUAUUAAGUUAGGUAUUGACCCUUGGGACUUACUUGCAGCGUGUUUAAAAAAUUUGGAGACCUCCUGCUGUGAGUUCUGAAAGGAUUUUUAUUUGCCAUUACCUUGACUAUUUUUAACGAAAGAAUUUAGAGAAAAAAUAGCAGUGGAAAAAUCUCAAAUGAAAAUGGAUACCACUUACAGAUUUGUAACACACCUUAACAUUCUUCUAUUUUCUAGUUAUUUAGUGUAUUGGCUCUUGUGAAAUUGAUUGUGUGAUGUGGAAGAUCGUAGAAGUAAUCCAGAACAUAAAGUAUGUUCAAAAUGAAAAAUGAUUGCUUUUGUUGAGUGACGUUUGCACAACCUUGCUAUAAGAACAUUGCUGGAUUACUGUCGAUGGAAUUGUGUGCGUGCAAUAAGAAUGUUGCAAGUGAUAUAUUUUACUCCUUAGUUUCACUUAUAUUAUGUAGAGCAUGCCAAAUUUUACUUUGAUUGCCACAUUCAAAUGUUUAAUAAUUAAAAUUGAUUAUUUAUGUGCUUUCAAACUAUUGUUCUGAGUCAGUAAUGUUCUGAUUUUAUGUUUGCUAAAUUUUAUUUUUAUUGUUGUGCUUGUCUUUGUUUUAAAUGACAUUCCUCAUCCAUCGGACAACGUUAUUUCUAUCGCAAUAAAUGUUCACAUGAUUUGAUUUCAAUAAAUCUGUACUCAUAA